AUGGUUCCUCUAGUUAUAAUACUAAUAUGUGAUAUAGGAUACACUAGUGUUUACAUUUUCUUGGUUAUAUAUGGUCUUGAAGCUAGUUUAAGUACAGCUGGAUGUCUAUGGACCAUUUGGGCUCAAGGUGAAAGCAAUGGAUUAAAUUAUGGUGAAAUUAUUAAUUUAUUAUUGGUUUAUUUACCAACUUAUGUUAUUCCAUUUAUUAUGGCUUUAGAAGUUUUCAGUAGAGAUUGGGUUGAAGAAUCAGAGGAGAAGAAGACAAAUUAG